CAACCCCUAUUACUCCUUCAAAACAUUUCUCUCUUUGCUUUAAUUCAAAAGACACCGAUCGUAUUAUUAUCGUCGACUCAAAUCAUUAUAAUAUGGCUUCGCUGAUCAAAAUCUCUCUUCUCAUUUUUCUCUUGCUCUUUUUGAACAUGUUUUCAGGCAAAGUUGAAGGUUUUGGCCAUGGAGAAAGGAAGCCACAAUACCUCCCAAAAAAUAAGGGCAUUGUUGAUGAGAAGAAGAUAAUGAUGAGAAAGCUUCUUAUAAGUGUUGAUGCUAUAUUGGACUAUGACAGGCCAGGACCAAAUCCCAAGCAUGAAAAGAGGCCUGGUGGUGGUUAUUAAUUAAUUAAUUAAUUAACUAUAAUAUCAAUAUAUAAUGUAUUUUAAUUAUUUAUUAUUAGUAGCAAAAUAAAUAAAUAAAUAAUAAUAUAUAAUGCUAUUUCUGCUUCUAUAUGUAGGAAAAGAAGGCAGAUUUAGCCUUAUAAACUGAUCAAAGAUAUAUAUUAAAAGAAUUAUAUAGAUAUAUAUUAUUUAUUAUCAACUUUGUUUGAUGCUAAACAAGAUUAUUCAUAAAUAAAAAGCAAAUUAAUACUAUAUGCUUGUCUUUCAAGAAUUACAUAUAUAAUU